AUGUUGCUGUUAGCUGGUAGAGCGUUCUCAGUCUCAUCAUCCUCUGCUUACAGAAUCUUCAACGCCAGAAGAGCCCCCUUCUCCCUCUUCGGUUCUCGCUUUCAAGUUCGUGCAAUGGCCGACUCUGCAUCUCAACCUUUCAAGAAAAUCCAAAUCCAGAGAGACGAUACGACAUUUGAUGCUUACGUUGUCGGGAAAGAAGAUGCCCCCGGUAUUGUUGUUCUUCAAGAGUGGUGGGGUGUCGAUUUCGAGAUCAAGAACCACGCUGUCAAAAUCUCCCAACUUGGCCCUGGAUUUAAGGCACUUAUUCCAGAUUUGUAUCGAGGAAAGGUUGGUUUGGACGUUGCUGAAGCUCAGCAUUUGAUGGAGGGUCUUGAUUGGCAAGGUGCUGUCAAGGAUAUUCAGGCUUCAGUUAAUUGGCUCAAGGCAAAUGGUUCAAACAAGGUUGGAGUAACUGGAUUUUGCAUGGGGGGUGCUCUCUCUAUCGCAAGUUCUGUUUUGGUUCCUGAGGUUGAUGCUGUAGUUGCAUUCUAUGGUGUUCCUUCAUCACAACUCGCUGACCCUGCUCAGGCUAAGGCACCUAUUCAGGCUCAUUUCGGAGAGCUUGAUAAUUUUGUUGGCUUUUCAGAUGUUACGGCUGCCAAGGCUCUGGAGGAAAAGCUGAAAGCAUCAGGAAUUCCAUACGAGGUACAUAUUUAUCCAGGUAAUGCACAUGCUUUCAUGAACAGGUCCCCAGAAGGUGUGAAGAGGAGGAAGGACAUGGGAAUGCCCGACGAGGAUGAAGCUUCUGCAGAGCUGGCUUGGUCCCGAUUCAAAACAUGGAUGACUCGUUACUUAUCUUCAUAA